AUGAAGGAGAUCCUCGGCGAAGAAGAAACAAGGGCUUCCCCAGACGACUUGCACAUGCAUCUCGGUGAUCUCCUCGAGAGCAAAGAUGCAGCAGACCUAACAUUUCAAGUAGGUGGGGAGAUGUUCCCCGCUCAUGGGUGUGUCCUCGCCGCUCGGUCAUCUGUCUUCAAGGCGAAGCUCCUCGGCGCCAUGGGGGAGAGUUCCAGUAGUGCUAUCAAAAUAUAUGACAUGGAACCUGGCGUGUUCAAGGCCUUGCUCCAUUUCAUAUACACUGAGAAAGUUUCUCCUGUGAUUGAUGUGGCAAUAGCCAGUCAUCUACUCGUAGCGGCUGAUAGAUACAACAUCGGCAGGCUGAAGCAGAUCUGUGAGGAGAAAUUGUGUUCUCAUAUUGAUUCAAACAUGGUAGCAACGAGUUUGGAUAUAGCUGAGCAGCAUGGUUUCCCUCGUCUCAAAGAAGCUUGUUUACGGUUCCUUGCUUCGCCGCCCAAUUUGGAGGCGAUGAUGACAAGCAACGGUUAUGAGCAUCUCAAGUCCAGCUGCCCGUCUGUUCUCAAGGAGAUCAUAGCUCAAAUACUCCCGGCUGAAUGGAACGCAGCAAAGGAUAUUAUCAUGUCAAUUUAG